AUGAAAUUUAUCCGAGUCGCACCUUUAGACGUUCCAUUCGAAAGGCGACGCCAGACGGCUGUGGUCUUCUUAUGGCUGAUAUCACUACCAGUCACAUUAUUUAUAUUCUUCUUCAUGUGUACAGUCCCGUUCUUCUGGCCAUUUAUUAUCACAUAUUUAUUGUUCUUAUUAUUCGACAUUGCGCCUGAGAAUGGAGGGAGGCGAUUUGAAUGGGCACGAAAGGCACGAUUCUGGAAGUGGUACGCAGAUUACUUUCCGAUUAGUUUGAUCAAGGAAGCCGAUUUAGAUCCGUCCAAGAAUUACAUAUUUGGUUAUCAUCCACAUGGUGUGAUCGCAGUUGGAGCAUGGACCAACUUUGCAACCGAAGCAACUGACUUCUCCAAAUUGUUCCCUGGCUUAAUUGUUCGUCUCUUGACGCUGACUAGUAAUUUUAGCAUUCCUUUCUAUCGAGAUCAUGUGAUGUUUCAGGGAGUAGCUUCAGUGUCUCGGGCGUCUUGCCGGAAUAUAUUGAACAUGGGUCCAGGACACUCGGUCAUGAUAGUUGUUGGUGGCGCAGCAGAAAGUUUAAACGCGCGUCCCGGAGUGUACGAUUUGACCCUGAAGAAGAGAUUGGGAUUCGUCAAACUGGCUGUGCAAAAUGGAGCGUGUCUUGUUCCCGUUUUUUCAUUCGGUGAAAAUGACAUCUGGGAGCAAGUUGAUAACGAGCAAGGUGGCAUUGUGUGGAAGUUACAGAAAAAUAUGCAACGAUUACUUGGAUUCACUCUUCCACUCUUCCAUGGACGCGGCGUGUUUAAUUACAAUGUAGGACUAAUGCCACAUAGAAGGCCUAUUACAACAAUUGUCGGGAAUCCAAUAGAAGUUACACAGAAAGAUAACCCAACCGAAGAAGAACUCAGGACAAUCCAACAAAAAUAUAUCGAUGAAUUGUUUCGUAUAUGGGAGACUUACAAAGACACAUACGCUGAAAAUAGGAAAAAGGAGUUGACUUUAAUUGAUUGA